GGUAUAAAUCUGAUCAAGUAGUUGCGUUUCUAGGAAAAGCUGCCACGGAGUUAAGAUACGACUUCAAAAUGCUGAGUUCGUCCUUCAUUUGAUUAGUGGAUGAGAGUUUUUCUCAACCAACCUUAAAAUACAGCUGCAAUGGAUUGUCCCAGUGAGGAAGAAGAAUAUGAAGAUGCCAGUGAACACCUUGAAGACGAACAACAAACCCUCUCUUCAGAAGAACAUUCUAGUGUGUCAUUUCAAAAGGAUGAAGUUACCAAGUUACACGAUGUACCAGAGCCAGGGGAAAUUUUUGUGCAGUUUAUUGGAACAAGUUCUGUUACACUUGCUUGGGAUUGUCCAGAAAACAUAUCAAAAUUUGAGUUGACUUACUCCUGCCUCACAACUACAAAGACAUCUACUAUCUCAAAUGUCAAAACCAUAGAGAUUGAAGACCUGUGUCCAGGAACUGAGUACACUUUCAGCCUUGUUUUAAUAACUGAAAAUGGAGAUCGAAGUGUGGGAGUUGAAGUGACUACAUGCACCAAGCCAGUCCCACCUUCAGACUUCAAAGCUGAGAGUGUUGGUACCACAUCAGUUACUCUAAUUUGGGAUGCAUUUAACUGUAUAGACAAAAAGUUCCAUGUAGUCUGCUGCCAGAAUGGAAAAAACAUUCAGGAAAAGAUGACAGAAUCAGACACCGUGGUUUUCAGUGGUCUACAUCCUGGGAAAAAGUACUCUUUUCACAACACAACAGUGCUUCCAAAUGUCAGAAGUAAAGAAGCAGUGACAUUUGCUCAAACCAAAACAAACCUUAAAAGUCUCUUGGGUGAUUUAAGGUUGGAGCAAUACUAUCCAAACAAACUUUCACUCAACGCUGUACUACAGAUUGACAAGAGGGCAGUGACAGAUGAGUCAGUCCAAUCAUUAUCAUCUUUAACAUGGCUGUUCCUGAAGAAACUGAUGAUGGUGAAUGUGACCGCAAGAAGUGUCAAAUGUUCUCUUUCGUCAUCUGAUGAGACUGAAGAUUUGUCAAGCUUAGACAUUUACAAUGAUCCAAUGGAUUUUCUUAGUGAUCAGAACAAGAGCGUAAACCCUUUAGACAUAGUGACUGCACUCUUUCUUUGUUCAGAUGGUUUCCUACAGCAGGAAAUGGUCUCAAAAAUGUCAAUGUGUCAGUUCUCUGUACCUUUGCUCCUUCCUAACUGUGACACUAAACAGUGCACGUUCAUGCUUUGGGCAAUGAGAGAUAUUGUGAAAAAAUUUAGACCACACUCCUUGUCAGAUCCAAGAGGCUUUGUUGAAGACAGAAUUGUUUACUCUCAGCUCCCUCUAGUGUCUUUUGUCAGACUUGGUGAAUGCAGCAUUUCUAAAUCUCAGAUCUUGAACAAAUUGCUCAGCAACCCACAACAGUAUCAUGAUACAUUUGUGCAUCAUGACAUGGAUUGUGGAGACAUCCCAAGAAAAAUAUCAAGUGGCUUGGUGGAAAUUAGUUGGUAUCUACCAUGUGGAAACAAAAACAUUGAUAUCUUUCCAGAACCUGUGGCUGUUGCAAACUUGAGAGGUGACAUCAGCACAUUUGAAACACAGUACUCUUUACUUUGUCAGACCUCCACUGCAGUUUUUGUGUUCUUUGACAAUUUGGAGACAAACUACAGGAUGCUUACCAAUCAACAUGCUAAGGCACACAUGUUUUUAGUGGGAAAUGUACAUGGGAACGCCUUCAAUUUGGAGCAGCUAAAACAAACAGCCACCGAAAUGAGUUUAAAAAAAAGCAAUAUAAUUCUGAAGACCAAGCAAAAUGAUGUGAAAUUUGUCAAAGAUCUGCAUUCUACAAUAAACAACAUUAUUAGUAGUUUCCCAAACAGAGUAUGUUUGGAAGAAAUGGAGACUAUAGCACAUGAACUUGGAAUUCUGGUUGAUGAAGAUGGUAAAGAAUGUCAGAUGGCCAAAAGAAAUGCUGAUUCCAUUACAAAACAUAUACAGGAUACACUGCAGUUCAAAGAGGAUCAGCUUCCACUACAGGGUAAAAUCUGGAAAGAUUUGGCAAAAUUGGAAAAAGAGGAAUGCAGACUCAGGAAAGCUGGUGAUCAAAACAUUGAGCGAUACAAGAGUGAUCUCCAGAUUAAAAAGACUGAACUUAGGAAACAACAGGGUCAAUAUGAUAUCUCAGGAGCAAUGAGUUGCUUUGUUAGUGCACUAACAAGCUCGAGCCAGGAGAGGUCCUACUUCCUGAAGUGGAUGCGGAUGAACCUUGACAAUCUCUCUCGGAAAAGUCUCUCUUGCCUUCAAGAUCAGUACAAAGAGAAGUGCCAGCAUUAUUCAGAAAACAAAGAGGACAUUGCAAAGCUUGAUCAGCAGAUCUCUAACAGUUCCUUAGGAACAGAGCACUUCUUGCGUGAAAUGGGUCAGCUAUAUGAAGCCGCGGUGUCUCUUCCAGAAAACUUAGAAUCACGUAAACAAAUGCUUCACUUACCUAGGCUAUGUGCUGAGCUGAUGUUGGAUGGCUUCCCUCUGGAACUUGUUGAUGGAGAUGCUUCAAAUAUUCCUCUCAGAUGGGUCAGUGAUGUGCUUCUGCAUUUAAACUGGUUGGUGCAGCCCAAUAAUAAAAUCAUAGUGAUCACAGUUUUAGGAGUCCAGAGCACAGGAAAGUCCACCUUGCUGAACACCAUGUUUGGAGUUCAGUUUGCAGUCAGCAGUGGAAGAUGCACCAGAGGAGCUUUCAUGCAGCUGAUCAGAGUCACAGAGGACAUCAGAGAAGAACUUGGCUGUGAUUAUUUAGUUAUUAUUGAUACAGAAGGUCUGAAAUCCCCAGAGCUGGCAACACUAGAUGAUAGCCAUGAACACGACAAUGAAUUAGCUACACUUGUGGUUGGAUUGAGUGAUAUCACAAUUAUCAAUAUUGCAAUGGAGAACUCCACAGAGAUGAAGGAUAUUCUGCAGAUUGUGGUCCAUGCAUUCAUCAGAAUGAAGGAAAUAGGCAAAAAACCCAUGUGCCAGUUUGUCCACCAAAAUGUAGCUGAUGUAUCAGCACAUGACAAGAACAUGAGAGAUCGGAAACUUCUGCUGGAGCAGCUGAAUGAGAUGACAGAAGCUGCAGCUAAAAUGGAGAACAAGGAGGAGUAUAAAAGUUUUACCGAUGUGAUGGAGUAUGAUCCAGAGACUUGCAAUUGGUACAUCCCUGGACUCUGGCAUGGAAAUCCUCCAAUGGCACCAGUGAACGCUGGCUACUCUGAGUCUGUUUAUGACCUUAAAAAGAAAAUGACUGCCAUAAUUGCAAAAUGCAAAGACAAAAGAUCUGGAAUCAACAUAACAGAAUUUUUGGAAUGGACAAAAAGCUUGUGGAAUGCAGUCAAAUAUGAAAAUUUCAUAUUUAGCUUCAGGAAUAGCUUGGUGGCUGAUGCAUACAUGAGACUGUGCACAGAGUUUCAUAAAUGGGAAUGGUGUUUCAAGAAACAGAUGCACUCUUGGUUAAUAGAAGCUGAAACCAGAGUGUCAAAUUUUGAGAUAAUGAAACUGAAAUCAGACAAGUACGACUUGCAAGAUCUUUUAUGCAAACUGAAACAAGAAGCUGCCACAAAGCUUGACACCUUGGAAAAGGCCACUAUGGAAAACCUGUCCAAAUACUUUGAACAAACAGAGGGUCAUAUCUAUCUUGUGGAAAAAUACAAAGAAGAUUUUGUGAGUAGUGUAAAAUCUCUCAGGAGGGAAACUGAAAUCUCUCUGCUGACACAGCUUGGGGAAACAGUGGAUAUCAGGAGAGGAAUGAAUAAUCUGGACAACAUCAAGAAAACAUUCACUGAUACAAUGGAGAAAAAAGUGUUGGGUCUACUGGAGGAGUUGCGGAGAAACAGCAGCUCAGAAAGUGAUGCACACAAGACUGACAAGGAACUUGACAGAUUUUUUGAAAAAAUAUGGCAAGAAACUGUCAAUGAGCUGUCAUUUAGUGGCUUGAAGAGGACAGACAUAUUUGAUUGUGUUUUCAGGCAACUUUGGGAGAACAUGAAACAGAAAGGAAGUUCUGUUGCAGUAGAAUUAAAUCGAGUGAAACUAAAGGAUUGUGGCACAGGGGCCUUCAAAGUCACCAAAGAAUUCAUUCUCAAAAGAUUUUGGCAAUAUUUGACUAAAGAUAAUUCUACUUCGAACUUACAGGAAUUGGCAGAUAAUGUAAUUCAGGCAUGCUCUCAGUUUGUCCUGGAGAAGACUGAAACAAAAUCAGAUUACCACAACAACUACAUUCAAGAGAUCCUGAACGUAAUUGAUGAAAGAUUUGCUUCUAAUAAGAAAAUUGGAUUUUCAGAAGCAUUUGAAAUAUCCCUCAAAAUUCACAUUUGUGGCUUCUCUGCAAGACAAUUUCAAAAAAUGCAUGAUGAUUUCAUUAUGGAGAAUGACCCACGUAGAUGCCUUGAUCAGUUUAAAGACAAAUAUCGGAAUGAUUUCAAAGACCUGUUCCACGAUCGUGAUCAGUGUCAGAGAAAGGCAGAAGAAUUCACCAAUCUGUGCUUGAUUCCUGCAGUUGAGACAUUCAUCUACAGCUCAUUGGGUCCAGACAUUGUUGACAAAAUGCUUCAGGGUAAAAAUGCAUUUCAAUUCAGCACCCGCUCAUUUUUCCAAUACUCACUCUUAAAGCAGCUUGUCAAUGAAGAUAAUUUUAAGCAGUAUGUGAAAUACAUUUUCUCCUAUGAGGAUUUUGUUAAGGGCUGGAUAUUAGAUCAAAUCACUGAACAGUUUUCAAAUGGACAUGAAAUGUCUGAUUUGGAGGAACAUCACCUAAGAGGAAUCACUAAUGAGAUACUGGAAGCAAUCAAAAUGGCACAAAAUGAAACAAAUCAAGAUGGAAUAAAAGGAUUCAUCCAUUGCAUUUGUAGGAAGCUUGGACAAAAACUACGAAUUCCCAAGGAUGCACUUGAAACAGUGAUUGUACUAAACAAUGCAUCUCAAGAGUCAUUUGCUUGCUGGCUAACUCGAUCUGUAGAGGAAAUGGAACAGAUGCUGAAGGAAGAAUUCAAGAAAGACAACUUACAGCUCAAACUGUUCAAACUCAAAAUAAAACCUCAGGAUGAGCUGUUCAAGCGAGUGUUUGGAUGUGGGAAACAGUGUCCAUUCUGCAAAGCUCCAUGUGAGGCUGGUGGAGAGGCCCACACAGAUCACUGUGCUUCAGUACACAGACCUCAGGGACUUGGUCAGUGCAGAUAUGUAAGCAAUGAAAAAUUAUUGACUAAUAUCUGCUCUACAGAUGUCCACAGUGAAGGAAAGUUUAAAUGUGCUGAGACUGAUUUUGAAUACCAUCCUUACAAAAGAUACAGAGAAAUCUUUCCUGACUGGCACAUCCCUGCUGAUGCAAGCAUACAGGCCUCAGACUACUGGAAAUAUGUGAUGGUUCGGUUUGCAACACAGUUUGCCAAUGAAUACAAUGCACGUCCUGCUGAUAUACCCAUCACUUGGAAAUUAAUCACAAAGCAGCAAGCAGAGAACAGUCUCAAAGAUUCUUUCAGCAUCAAGUAAACCAUCAUGUUCUCUCUCAAAUGUAGAUUUUAAUUUUGUGAUGUGGCAGCACUUCCUCCGUUCACACUAAAAAAAUUAAACAAAAUGCGAAGGCCACCAGUAACAUGGUCAUCAGAACAAAUAUUAACAAUGUUUAUAACCUUUCCUCAGUAAUAUGAAUUGUUGCUUGCAAAUGGCUUCAGCUUGUUACCAACAAUACUACUUGUGUCUAUACUGAAGUAAAAAUGAAUCAUGCAAAAAUAAAAAGUAAAUGAAUAAAGUGAAUGGCAUAUGUACGAUGAGGAAUGUCUCAUAUGUUAGUACAAGUGGUUAAUGGAUUUUUAUUUUUGUUGUUUGUUGUUUGAUAGAUAUAACUCUCAUAUUUUACAGUGCAUAUUGUGUGGUAAUAGACAAUUUACUACUUAUAUUGUAACUUUUUAUUCUGAUCUACAUUUUAUUUUUUAUUUCUUUAUAAUAAGAUGCUAUGUAUACAGUAUACAGUGGGUUAUAUACUGCAUUAUUACCUUGAUACUUCUGUGUUUCUUAGCAGUAGAAUUCUAAACCAUGAAUAACAAUUUGUAUGUUCGUAGAUGAAAUACACAGGUCUUGAUUUUGAUGUAUUGUCAUUUUGACAGAUUUGAUUGGGCCUAAUAUGAAAUGGGUUUUUCUUUAUUAGUGUUGUUAUGUCUAUUUUAUCCAGCUGGAUCUAAUGUUAUUGUCUCCUUAAGACAAAUCACUUGUGUUGUAGUAUUCCUCACUUACAAGUUUAUUUGGAAUAAAGUGCUUGCUAAAUUAAUUAAAGUAAAUACAAUUUUAUGCUUUAU